AUAGUUACCUUAUAAAAAACGCUGUUCUGUUUAUGUUUGUCUAUUUCCACUUUCUUUGUCCCAAUAGAACGUCUUCACUUUUAUAAUUUACGUUUCGCACUUGCUUUGUAUUUAAAUUUCACUACAUCACGCGAUAUUCGGGGAAAAUGCAGGAGUAAAUUUAAACAUUUUAAGGCUCCCCCAAACCAACGCGAAUUAUUCGCAGCGGAUUCGUGACGGAAAGUUCGCAGUCGAAUUCCUGACGGAAUUCGUAAAGAACUUCAUAUUGAAGCGAAUAUAUUCGCGUCAUACUCGUAUGUGUCUAGUAUUGAGAAGAGUUGGUGACAACGAAAAACAAAGAAUACUACUCAGUGAUCUCAAUUCUUCACAAAAAUGUAUACAUCAUCAGAUGAAGAAGAAGCUCUUGUAAUGUUAGCGAUGGAGGACGACAAUUCAAGGAAAAGAAGAAAAUGGGUUCAUGAUAUCAAUCUAGAAAGACUGAAAUGUGGGGAAUAUCACACGCUGAUGCCUCAAUUACGAAAAGACGAUAAAAGAUGCUACAUUUAUUUUAGAAUGACAAUAGAUUGUUUCGAUGAACUGUUGCACCUUGUAGAAAAUGAUAUUAGAAAAUCAGACACGAAUUACCGAGAAGCUAUUUCUCCCGAAGAACGGUUGGCCAUAACAUUAAGGUAUCUGGCUACCGGAGAUACAUUUUAUACAAUAGACCAUAGUUUUAGAGUCGGGUUUUCGACUGUAAGUGCCAUAGUUGUAGAAGUUUGUGAAGCUUUAUGUAGAAAUUUGCAACAUAUUUACUUGCCCGAACCAACUACAGAAAUAUGGAAAAAAUCUGAAGAAGGUUUUAGAAAUACCUGGCGAUUCCCAAAUUGUAUUGGUAGCAUCGAUGGCAAGCAUGUUACUAUCAAGUGUCCAGACAAAACAGGAUCUAAUUAUUGGUGUUAUUUGAAUAAGUUUUCUACAGUAUUAAUGGCUAUUGUUGGCCCAGAUUAUAGAUUCAUUUCAGUUGAUAUUGGCGGUUUUGGUAAAAACAGCGACGGUGGAAUAUUCGAAGCUUCCAACAUGGGAAGAAGAUUUGAAACAAAUCAGAUGGGUGUACCUGAGCCGAAAAAUCUCCCAGGCCAGAAUGAACUUUCCCCCCAUGUCUUAAUUGGAGACGAAGCCUUUGCACUAAAACCAUACUUGUUGAGGCCCUUUCCAUACAGUCAAAGCAGAACAGAUAUUUUCAAGGAAAAUUAUAAUGUGAGGCUCUGUAAAGCGAGAAGAGUAGUAGAAAACGCUUUCGGAAUAUUGGCACAAAAAUGGCGUAUAUUCUACAGACCAAUGGAAACAAAAAUUGAUACUAGUAUUCUCAUUGUGAAAACUGCAUGUAUUUUGCAUAAUUUUCUAAGGACAAAAAAAUGUGAUGAUAGAUUCAUAGAACUUUUAGAUCCACCAGAGCCUGAACUUGGAGCAUUUCAAAAUUUGGACAAUGACCCAAGGAGAGCUGCAAGACUGGCAUUUUCUGUUCGAGAAAAAUUUGCCACGUAUUUUAAUUCAGGACUAUGAAUAAAUUGUUCACGAUGAAAAUAAUGGACUCUUCUUGCAGUAAAUAUAGUAUUGUUUAGGCCUCUGCUUUUCUUUAGUCUUAGAUGUAGAAAAAUAAACCAAUACAAAUCGUAAAACUACUCACCA